AAACUUCUUCAUCUCAGCUUUUAGUCAUUAACUGUUUACUGACUUCAUAGUACGCUAACAGAUGAGGGAUUUUUUCAUGCAUAGAAAAGUCCAAUUGUUUCACUCCUCCUAUGAUGUCCUGGCUGAUCCCGAAACCCUUAUCUGUGUGGUGUCUUUCAUUAUCAGAGCACAUUUAUUAUACAGAGCAGUACUAUGGCAAACGAAUGGAGACAUCCAGUGAUUUGCAGACGAGUGCAUCCUCCUGCAGUAUGCCCCGCUCGGUGCCAAGAAGCGUCACAGAAGCUCUGAGCCUGGUUCACCCCGAGGUGACCAAAAGAUUCUUCGGCUGCGGCCUUCCGUUUCCAGCGAAGCUCGAAGGCUGCAGGGUCCUGGACCUCGGCAGCGGCUCCGGCAGAGACUGCUUCGCCUUCAGUAAACUCGUUGGGCCGAGCGGACACGUGACUGGGAUAGACAUGACGACGGAGCUGAUCACAGUGUCUCGUCAGUACGUGGAGUAUCAUCAGAAGAAGUUUGGCUACGAGAAACCCAACGUCAGCUUCGUCCAGGGUUACAUGGAGAAGCUCGGGGAAGCCGGCAUACAGAGUGACUCAAUCGAUGUCGUGCUAUCCAACUGUGUCAUCUGCUUGUGUCCUGAUAAAAGAGCAGUGCUGCAGCAAGCCUACAAUGUCCUAAAGGAGGGAGGCGAGCUUUACUUCAGCGACAUGUACGCCAGCAGCGUCAUCCCCGACCACCUGAAGCAAGACCCGGUCCUUUGGGGUGAGGGAAUGGGAGGCUCUCUGUUCUGGCGAGACCUCAUCUCGCUGGCCCAAGACAUCGGCUUCAGCACGCCGCUCCUCGUCUCAGCCAGCCUCAUCGUGGUCCACAACAGUGAGCUCAAAGCAAAAGCAGGGGACAUCAGCUACGUUUCAGGCACUUACAGGCUCUUCAAGCCGCCCAAAAGUCCAGUGGCGACAAAAGCAACCGUGACCUACAAAGGAACCGUGGCAGACUUCCCAGAUCAGCUGAAGUUUGAUUCCUCCCACUGUUUCAAGAAAGACGAGGCCGUGGAGGUGGACGCGGAGAUGGCAACAAUCCUCCAGAGUUCCCGUUUCAAUUCAGAUUUCGAAAUCCAGAUGCUGGAUAAACAGCCCUGCUGCGAGUCAGCUCCACAGUACUGCCACCUCAACCCGUUUCUCCUGGCCGACAAGCUGGGAUCCUCUGUGAAGCAAUGCUCCAAAACAGGCAAAUAAAGAGGCAGCUGCAUCCAGAAAAAAAAAUGGUUUUGAAGAUAACUGAAAAACCUUUUAAAAUUAAAUGUUGAUAUUAAUUCACAUUACAGGUUAAUUCAGCACAGCACAGAUUGCAUUACUAAAAGCAAAGCUAAAUCGAAAGUGUCACUAGAGCAUCUUUUCUGGUUCAGUGUCCGGUGUGAUGCCCGACUCAGCUUUUUAUGCUUUACUUUAACUACUGCAACUACAAUUUUUUUUUUUUCUGUUUGGCAGCACCUUCCCCUUUUCUGCUGUUUUCUUUUAGGUUUGACUGUUCAGUUUUGUAAAGUAAAAAAUUAAAUAUUGAUUAAUACAUUUUAUUAGAUAAUCUCAGACAUGUUCAUAGUCAACAGUGAUAUUCUGUAACAAUAUAAUGAAUAACAGUGUUCACUUCUCAUUAAGAUGUCUUUUUGUGAAGAAUGAAAUGAAUCUUUCUCUGCAGAACUGUCACCUCAAAUGCAACAUCAUUACCUAUCAAAUGAAUGUGAAACAUACAUGAAAUAGAAAAUACAUGAUUCUGCCAUCGUUUGUGAAGCAAAAACCUGAUCUCUGUACUAGCAGCCAACAUGACGGAAAGUAGACUGUGCUUCUCAAAGGAAGAUUUUAAUGUAUCAUUAAAACUUAAUAAAUGCCCUGACACAUAAAUACAACUGUCAAAUGCCUA